ACUUCUUUCACCCACACCAUCCUCCUUAUACUGUAUAUAUUAUCUGACAGGUUUAGUAGCUCAAAUUAACAGGAAAAAAAAUUCAACGCAUAAAAAGUUUAAGAACUUCAAACAUGUCACUCUCCAAACUCUUCUUUGCUUGCUUUGGUCGAAAAUCUGAUUCACGGAUCGACACAACCGACAUUAACUUGGAGGUCAUGUCUUUGAAGAAACCGAAAAGAAAAACCGAGUCUCCCAGAACUCCCACCAUCGUUGUCUCGUUUUUUCCAGUAGGCUCCAACCUUUCCCGUCUGUAGAAAAUUGGAACGAUGAAAACACAAAUUUUGUAGUGAUGAGAAGACAAUGACACGACCAAGAAAAGAUAUGAGGCUGAUACUUUUCAUCCAGUCAGAUUUUUUUUAGUCCCUUUUAUUCGAUUGAUUACGUAAUAGACCAAUCAAAGAAUAUGAUUAUGGUCGACACUUUUUUGUUCUGAUUUUGUUUUGUAUAUCUCGAAUUUUACAAAGCGCCAACCAUGUAAAUUGUUUUGUUUAAUAAAUAACAAUGAUUUGGAAAUCCAAA